GCUCAGCCAAUGGGGCCAAGGCAGGGGCGUGGCGGGAAGUUUGAAACCGCCUCGGGAGCUGAGGAUCGAGCUGCUUUGCACCCAAAGGUGGAAUUGGGGCCCGGCAUCCCCUCCUCGCCCGGGCCGGGCCCUGCCCCGCCCCAUCCUAUUACUCCCGGUUGAGAUGGGCUCAGCCAAGAGCGUCCCAGUCACUCCAGCGCGGCCGCCGCCGCACAACAAGCUUCUUUCUCGAGUGGCGGACCCCCGUUCACCCACCGCCGGCAUCCUGCGCACUCCCAUCCAGGUGGAGAGCUCUCCACAGCCAGACCAGCCAGCAGAAGAGAAGCUGGAGGAUCUUAAGCAGACCCAGGACUCAGAUCCCCGCUCUCCUACCCUUGGCAUUGCACGGACACCUAUGAAGACCAGCAGCGGAGAGCCACCAAGCCCCCUGGUGAAACAGCUGAGCGACGUAUUUGAGACCGAAGACCCCAGAUCAGAUCUUCCCCCAGAGCCUAUUCUGCCCCUGGAGACACCUCCGUCUUCUCAACUGGACUUGCCUUUGGACAGCCAGUUUUCCCUUGAGAAUCAGAUGUCACCUUGGAGUCAGACUGAGCUCCCUUCCAAGCAGGUGUUUUCCAAGGAGGAAACAGGACAGUCUUCAGGAACCCCAGUGGGCAGCCAGGGCUCAGACAAGCCCUUGAGAGACCCUGAGACACCUCGAUCUCCAGGUUCCAUGCGCAGCAGGUGGAAACCAAACAGCAAGGUACUAGGAAGAUCUCCUCUCACCAUCCUGCAGGAUGACAACUCCCCCGGGACUCUGACACCACGGCAGAGUAAGCGGCCUUCUCCCCUGAGUGAAAACGUUAAGGAACUAAAAGGAGGGGCUGUUCUGGGAACUGGACGACUUCCAAAAACUGGAGGAAGAGCAUGGGAGCAAGGCCAGGGCCAGGACAAGGAAAAUCGGCACUUUCCUUUGGUGGAGAACUAGGCCGUGCGUGGCCCCAGUACUGGGUUCACCAGGGGCUGAGUGACACUCUGUGCCUCUCAUCCCUUCUCUCCCUGGGAGACUGGAAAGGCUCGUUUUCCUCAGCCCCUCCUAAACUACCAACUCUGGGACUCAGAGCCUCCUUGGCUUUCUUUGUGUUUUAUGUGUUUCUGUAUAUUAAAGGAAGUGAUUUUAAAUGA